AUGCCACUACCGCCAUGGCCACCAUCAUUAUCUCAAGCGCAGCUAGACGAACUCCUACUUCAAGCAACGACGUAUGCACUCGCACACGGCUUACUCUAUCUCCCCCCGAACUCGUCUAAUCUGCCACCUCCAGCUAUCCCAGCAAGCGCAAUCCACGCUCCAUUCGCCCUCUUCCCGACACCUUUUCCUCGACACUUGUUCGAGCAUGCGAUGAAGCUUCAGAGGAUCUACAACGUCCUUUACACACGCGUCGCAUCCGACGAGGCCUUUCUCGACCAAAUCCUAUCAGCAGAGACAGGGGUAGGCAAGGUAGACGAAUUUGUCGGAAACCUUUGGCGGAUAUGGAAAGAUGUGCGCACAGAGGGUCUUGUUCAGCCGCUUCAGUUGGGAAUAUUCCGCUCAGACUAUCUCCUACAUGGUGAAGAGGGUCAGGAUAUGACCAUUAAGCAAGUGGAGUUUAACACAAUCUCCGCGUCCUUUGGUGCUCUAUCGCAAGCUGUUGACGGGUUACAUCGAUAUCUACUCGCCUCGACGGGAUACUUUAGCUGCUCGCAUAUCCUCAAGGCGUCCAAUCUCCCUGUAAAUGAUACCCUCACUCAGUUGGUCAAGGGUCUCGUCAUGGCGCACGAAGCAUACCUCCAAUCUACCGCUUCUUCCUCGGCUCCGACGCCGCCGCCAAACGUGCGAGCUCCAAGGAUACUCUUCGUCGUACAGCCCAAUGAGCGCAACGUAUUCGACCAACGACCACUCGAAUAUGCCCUCCUCCAUCAGCACGGGAUCCAUGUCCUUCGACGUACAUUCGACGAGCUCGCAUUGGCGACGGUAUCCGAGGAUGAUGGAAGACGACUAUAUGUCAGAGAUUCAGCUUUAUGUAGCGCGGACGAAGGCGAGAAGGCGAAGGAAGCAAUCGAAAUCUCCGUCAUCUACUUUCGUGCAGGCUACACCCCAACCGACUUUCCGACACAUGCUCAAUUUGAAACGCGGAAGAUGCUUGAACGAUCACGCGCGAUCAAAUGCCCGUCCAUUGCAAUCCAGCUCGCAGGGAGCAAGAAAGUCCAGGCGGUGCUCUCGGAUCCAGGAGUCGUGGAGAAGUUUCUCCUUCCAACUUCCAGCGCUGGAAAUCAAGUAUUAGAUGAUAAUGUGUUCUCCCCUAAAGAGGUCGAAGAAUUACGCGCGAGCUGGAUGGAGAUGUACUCGCUCGACGCACCCAAUGCGAUUGAACGCACUCUAACUCAACACGCCGACAUGGUGCUCAAACCGCAACGGGAAGGGGGAGGAAAUAACGUAUACAAAGCGCACAUUCCGCCAUUUCUAGAGAAGUUGGAGGAAAAGGAACGAGAGGCUUGGAUCGCUAUGAAACUUAUUCGCGUUCCAAAGGGUGCGAGAAACUGGCUUGCGAGGAGUGGGACAGGAGGGGUGUUGGCGAAUGUAGUGAGUGAGUUGGGAACAUUUGGAUGGGCACUAUUCGGACGCUCUUCUCCAUCCUCGACUUCCCAACCUGAGGCAAAAUCAAUGAUGGAGUUGCGAGAGGGCGGCGGCGGCUAUCUUUUGCGGACCAAAGGCGAGGAUAGUGACGAGGGCGGAGUGGCGACUGGAUUCUCUGUGCUGGACUCGGUCGUACUUGUCGAUUAG